AUGCUUGUUCCACUGCGUUGUUAUUUCGACGACCUUGCCCUCGAUGUGUCAGUCUUGGCAAGCAGGACAGCUGUAGGGAUGUUCAACAUAAGAAACGUGGUAGGCCAAGAUUGCGGGAUGAAAGAACUCACAGCUUCGAGGUCGGGCAAAUUGGCUCAAUACAAUCCCACAGAGCGGAGAAUUCAAAUGACUCCCGAUUCAGGAGAGCCUCACUCACACCUCGUGAGGAAACAUUAG